GGAUGGGAUGCCACACUAAAGAUCUCACACCCUUAACUGAGUCGACUCAGUGUUCAACAGAUCAUUUUGUUACUGGUGUGGACUUUGUCCUUCUCUUUUAUAAGGAAGACGUUGAGUGAGGACAGAGCAGGAUUAAAAUAGUUCUUUUCAUACUAUAGGGGAAAAAAUCCAACAACAUUCAUCUAGCAGACACCAAAGGUUGAUCAUCUCUCUGUGUUGCGAGGAUAAGGCAGGUGAGAGUGGACAAGAUGUUCCGAAGUAUCAGUCCCUUUGGCAACGACACCAGCAGCUAUGCUGGAUCCAUCCAGUCCAGUGGUUUCUCAAAUAUGGAUGAGGUAUCCUCCCAGGUGUCAAAUUUGUCGAGGCUCAGUGCAAAGUCAGUUUACUCGCAGAGGAAGGAAUAUGCAGUGUCAGUAAACCAGAUGAUGGACAAAUUACGGUACAGAGUGGAGCACCUGUUCACCUGUGACCUUGACGGGAAGGAGUUGAGAAGCGUGGGGGACUGUGUGGAGCGGCUGAAGCUGCUGGACGGGAUGGGCCGUGUGUGGGGUCAGAACAUGAGGCUGGAGGUGCGCGGUGCCAACCUGCUGCUCACAGACAGAGAAACCAAGGAGGAGCUGGAGUCCAUGUCUUUCAGUGACAUCCUGGAGAUGAAGGCUGUGCUGGAUGCUGGUGUGUUUAACUCCCUGCUCACAAUGUCGGUCCGGCCCAAGGGGAAACAAACCACCACCGUCUUUAUGUUUCAGUGUGAGGAUGUCAGGGCUGACCAUGUCCAAAGCGAUCUCUCAGCAGCAUUGUCACGUAGGAAAAAUGAUUUAAGCAUCAGCAGCAAUGUAGGACCAAUAGCAAGACAUCAGGGUAUGGAAUACCUCUGUAACGGCGGCGAUAGUUAUGAACCAGAAGAGCAGAAGCCUGCUGUUGUCUCAGUGCCCCAAUGGACGGUUCCUGACUAUGAGGAGGAUGAAGUGUUUGUACCUCAGGAGGAGGAGGAGGGAGAGGAGGACCCACCUCCAAGAGAAAGGGCACCAUCACCGCAGCCCUCCACCACCAAAAAAGAACAUAUGUCGACCCCACGUCAAUACACAGACCUGGACAGGAAUGUAGACAUCUUGAAUCAUAUUUUAGGUGACAUAGAAAUCUUCAUGGGAAAAGUAGCUGCAGUAGUUGCAAAAAAUGCAAAGAAAAAGAAGAAAAAGAAAAAAGGAAAAGCCCCAGACGGUAUGCCAACUGCAGCAGAGUUUAAAGAGUGUUUCCAUAAAAUCAAAUAUGGUUUCAACCUGGUGGGGGAGCUCAAUGGAAGGAUUAAUAAUCCUAGCGCCCCUGAAUUUGUUCACUCCUUAUUUUCCACCUUAGCAUUCCUGGUAUCUCACUGCCCUGAAGAUCUGCCGAAGACCAUCGUGGCACCGCUGCUGACGCCUCAGUGUAUCCGUCUGCUGAGUGAAGAGGCGUCCACAGAGGAGGACCAGCUGUGGCAGUCUCUGGGAGACGCCUGGAACAUCCCCAGUACCCAAUGGCCAGAAGACGAUGAGGACAUCCCAACAUACACUCUGAAGUUCUCAGACGGCUGGAAGGCCCCUGAGGUGACUGCAGCCCCUGAACCCAGUGAACCAAUGAGAAGAGAGGAGCGUCAACAACCUCAACCCAACCAGACUCCAGCCAAGUGGACAACACCAGCUCGUCCCCCCAAAAAAUCACGCUUUGUUGAACCGCGUAACAUGUAUGUCACGUAUGACUUCAUCUCAAGAAACCAAAGAGAGCUCACUGUGAGAAAAGGAGAGGUGGUCGAGCUGCUGGACAUGUCGAAGCAGUGGUGGAAAGUGAGGAACAGUGCAGGGGAGGAGGGCUAUGUUCCCAAUAAUGUCCUGGAGGCUGAACGACAGAUCGAGCCGGGGCCUUGGGGUCCUGCUGUCCUCACGAAGAAAUCCAAGCCCGCAGAAGUGAAAGCUUGGCUGGAAGACAAGGGCUUUAGUAAAAUCACUGUGCGCUGCCUGGGAGGGCUGAGCGGCUCCAUGCUGCUGGGGAUGAGCCGAGAGGAACUGAAGACCGUGUGUCAGGAGGAAGGAGGACGAGUCUUCUUCCAGUUACAAGCAGUCAAAUCCGCCAUGAGUGUUGCCACGUAAGAGACCGACAAGAGAAAACCAAAGAAGGAGAACAAGAAAUCCCCAUGGACCAAAACAUUCUCCCAAGUCACUAAAUACUGUACACUUUUGAAUAAGAAAUUAUAAAAGAAUGUUAGGAAUAUUAUCCUCAUGUAUCCAAUUAUAAAUAUGUGAUUUCUAAUUUAUAUAUAGUUUGGUUUAUUAGUUGUGAAAUCUGGUGUAAAUGAAAAGUGUAAUCUAAUCAGUUGAAAUGGUUUGAGUGCAUUUAAACAAUGUUUCCAGCACUACUAAAGAAAGCUAAAUGUCUUGCUUUAUGAUGUUAGCAAAGCCUCAUGACGUAACACAAUAGCGGGUGAGUAAACAGCCUUAUGUAUGUGGUCAUUCAGUAACCUGUAAAUAAAAGUUUUCUGGCACAAUACAA